AUGCUAGACGAGAACCUACCCACUUUCUUUCUCAAGGCUACAGACAAAGCCAGCAAACACCUCGAGUCCUUUCUCUAUACUCAGAAUGGCUCCGAGCCCGAGGCACAGUAUGCGCUCACUCACGUCGACCCCGCAUCGAACACCGCGAAGAACACAUACGCUGUAGGUCUAUACGACUCGCACUAUCCUGAUGUGCUCUUUGGAGAGGUGAUGGCAAAGCCAGGAUGGUCACAUCCAACACUCUCACAAGAGGAGAUUCGCAGGAAUGGAGGAGUACCGCCUCCACCUGAGCCUAUCUUCCCCGAUCAGUUUGCGAUACAGCUCUACAAUCCUGAAACGCAGAUUAUUGUUAAGGAACAGAAGUCAAAAUGGAGUGGAACGCAGAGCUGGGAGUUCAGCAUACCUCAGACGACUUUUCGAACACCAAGCGCCUCUACUCUCGACCGCACGCAGAACGACCCUGCCGCCGAUGUCACCACACCACGAGUGAACUUUGUUUGGCGCAAAGAGGGCAGAUAUGCGAAGGACAUGACAUGCUAUCUGACUGGCAAGUCAACAGACUUGUUGGGAAAGAAGGCGAAAAAGAGCAAAGAGCCCGAUAUCGCUGUAGCUCUGUUCACAAUGCUGAAGGAGUUGACGAUCAUGGAACCGAAUCUCUACCGCAUUGAGAUUGAGGACUACAAAGGGCUGGAGGUGGUGCUCCUACUUAGUGCGGCUGUCAUCAGGGACUUGUUCAUCAACAAUCAGCGGGAGGCCUUUCACAUCGUCGACCUAGUUGGCCGCAAGAACAGCGGAGGCAUUCUGACACGGAAGGCUUCCUCGCCACUCGUCGGUCCUGGUAUCACUCCGCCCAUGAUGACACCACAACCUCCACCGCCACCGCCGUAUACCGGCCCUUCACAAUACCCGCCUGAGAAGAUUGCCCAAGCUUCGGCGGGCACAGCCCAAACUGCAGCAGCUCCUGUCGCAGCACCAGCUGCAGCGGUUGCAGGCAGUUUUGCCAAUCGUGCGCAGCGUUCUUCCUUGCCGCCUCUACAAACGCAAGCUCAGCAAACACCUCCUCGGCACCAUCAAUCCCGUCCUCCUUACUCUCAACAGCAAAACGCGAGACCGCAACAACCUCCACGAUCCCAGCAGCACCCCGCACAGCCGCAACGACCGCAACAGAGGACUGCGCAGCGCCAACAGCAGCCCACGCAAGCUCUCCCGCAGCAGCCGCCCCGACUCGAUCCACGCACACAAUGGGAAAUCGAUGCAGAGACUGCUCGUCUCAAGGCGGCAGUGGAGGCAGAAGCUCGGGAGCAGGUGAAGCAAGAGGAGGCAGCUCGGAAAGCGCGUCGCAAGGCGGAAGCUGACGAAGAAAGGAAGACACUGCAGUUCCUCGAGAAUGAGCGUAAGGCAAAGGAGAGAGAGGAAAAAGAACGUCGUCGCAGAGAGUCAGAAGUUGACAAGGAGACGGAGCGUUUGCGGAAGCAGUUCGGCGAUCAGUCGAACCUGCUAGGCUCGCAGCGCCCACAGCCCCAAUCGCAGCGUCACUCGGCUCCACAUGUUCACUUCCAGACCCAGAGGCCUGCUCAUUCCCGGCUACAGCAACGCCCGGCGCCGGUACCUGCGCAACCAGUGUUCGCCGCAGGACCUUACCUGCAACCUGGUGGGCACCGACCCACAACGAGCGCGAGCAGCCUUUUCAGCAACGGACUCCCGAAGCCUCAGAUAGAGCAGGCGCCUAUGAAGGCAAAGAAGAGCUUCUGGGGACUACGUUCAAACAGCGAGACCAACGCAGAUAAGUUGAAGAAGAAAAAAAGCAGCAUGUUCUAG